UGGCAAUCGGUGAAUCUGUAUCCAUCUUUCCCAAUUCGAUUUGGUUCGAUUGAAGAUCGAUAGAACUCAAAUUCGAUCAAAUUAGUGAAGAAAAAAAGUUGGAUCGAACGAUUCGAAACCUAAUUUCGUAUGUCCGAUUGAAGUGGUAAAGAGGUGAACCCUAGUUGAUUGAAAUUAUUGGGGAUUUUGUAGUUGAUUGAAUUGAAGCGCUGUAUGAAAGAUACAGGGGGAAGAAGGCGAUCAUAGAAAACAAAAAUUAUAGCUGCACACCCAACAUGUCUGCGGUAGUGUGCGGGAAAAGAUCAUCUUUCUUCGAGGAUCAUACCGUACCUUCUUCUUCAUCGCCAUCGCCUCCUGCUUCUAAAAGAAUUCGUUGCUCUUCUUCAUCACCUGUUCAAUAUUCGUCAGCGACGUCAUCGUCGUGGUUUUUUGCACUUGAUCGUCUCAUUGCGCUGUUCCCUGACAUGGAUGAGCAGCUUGUUGAAAGAACCCUCAACCAAUGUGGCGAUGACAUAGAAACUGCCAUCAAAAGUCUUACCGAGCUACGUUUGGUUUCUGUUGAGAAUGCUGAAUCUGCUGUUGGGAAGGAAGCGGGGUAUCAAAAUCAGCCUCAUAGUGUGUCUGAUUUUGCAGCUAAUGGGGCAGUGAAUGGUGAGGCCAUGCCUUUUGACAAUUCACCACCCCCAAAACAACCUGUAGAUGGUGCAGACUGGGUGGACCUUUUUGUGAGAGAAAUGUUGAGUGCCUCCAAUAUGGAUGAUGCUCGAACCCGUGCUUCAAGAGCACUCGAACUGUUGGAGAAAUCUAUACGUGAACGUGUUACCACGGAGGCACGUGGCCUUCAGCAGGAAAAUUUGAUGAUGAAGGAACAUCUCCAAGCUCUAAUUCAGGAGAACUCCGUCUUGAAGCGAGCUGUUGCAAUUCAGCACGAACGGCAAAAGGAGUUUGAGGACAGGGGCCAAGAGUUGCAUAACCUCAAGCAGAUGGUAUCUCAAUACCAGGAGCAGCUGAGAACCCUUGAGGUGAAUAACUAUUCUCUGACCAUGCACCUGAAGCAGGCUCAACAAGGCAGCUCAAUUCCGGGACACUUCCACCCUGAUGUAUUUUAGUCAAUACGGUAUGCUGCACCGUCUUAUAUAUGUCGUCAAAGAAGCUUAUAUUUAUAUACCGUUACAUUUCCAUACACUUCUUAAGCUUUACUUCGUAUUUUUAAUGCCUAAUCGUGCAAGGCUUAUAACAAUUCGAUCUACGAAAGAUUUGUUUUGUUCGUUAAGACUUUAUUUGUGAUGUAUAACAAAAAUAUCGAUUUCAUGGUUGUUCUCUUCUACAUUGC